AUGUUGCAACCUCGGCUGAGGGCGCUGCUGAUUCUGCUCUUCACAGCCCUCGGCUGCGUCAAUGCCUUGGAACUAUCUCCUCAUGGCAGCCAACUGCCGCCAGGAAGUGUGGAUUUUGUCACUGCAUUCAAACUCGAUCAACUAGUGGGUUCCAGCGUGCGGAAACACGCCAGCGCUUGUGACAAUGUAGGAGCAGCCUUCUCCUAUGUGGCUAGUGACAAGCUCUCUAGAUCCGCAAAGACCUUCUUUCCUGACGGCCUCCCAGACGCCUUCUCCAUCAUGGGCCUGGUGAAAGUGGACACCUCUGGCAGACCUCAGACCCUACUGGAAGUCCGUGAUGCCUCGGAUGGAGAGAUCUUGAGUCUCACUUUGGACAGUCAACUCGUCUUUAAAUUGUCGGAGACUCCAGAAGUUGUCAACACAAUUCGCCUAAAUCACACUCUGACUGGUGAUGGUUGGUCCUCGAUCGCUCUGAGCGUAAAGGGUGAUACCUUAGUGUUGAUGUUAAACGGUGUAGAGCAGGAAUACACUACUCUGCAUCGAAGCAACUCAGAUCCCUCAGCCAUCAGCGAUGGAAAAGUGUUCCUCUUGCACGGCCAAGAGGGUCAAGGCUCUCGGGAUGCCGUUAUUGGCGAUCUCAUGUUUUCACCGGAUCCUGAGCAAGCCUACAGCUAUCACCUACGCCUGCUUGAAGUCUGUCCCCACUUGGAGCAAAUGAAUAAUCGUGAUGUUAUGAUGGCUCAGGAGGGCGCUUUUGAAGAGAUCGACGGACAGGUGUACAUUCAAGGACCGCAAGGGCCGAAAGGUCCACCUGGGCCUAAAGGGGCAAAGGGACCACCUGGUCGUGACGGCCGUCCAGGUCUACCAGGCGCCCCUGGACCCCAGGGUUCGCCAGGUCACGUCCUCCUAAUGCCGGUACCUUCCCAUGGCAAGAAUGAGAACGUUAGAAUGACUCAGUUCCGAGCUGCCGUCCAACAAUCUGUGAUGAUGCUGAGAGGUUCACGCGGUAUGCCCGGUUUGACAGGUCUUCCUGGCGCUCAAGGACCACCUGGUCCACCUGGCCCCAAGGGUGACCAGGGACCUCAAGGUGACCCUGGUUUUACUGGACCUGUUGGUCCACGAGGUCAUCCUGGACCUAGAGGACCUAUUGGUCGUGCGGGUCGUGAUGGAGAACCAGGUGUGACGGGACUGCAGGGUCCCAAGGGAGAUCCAGGUGCCCCUGGUCUGCCCGGUUUGCCCGGACCCCGUGGCCACAAGGGUGAGGAUGGUCCUCCUGGUGAGAAAGGUGCCCAAGGCGAACGCGGUCCCACAGGUCCCACUGGACGACAGGGUGAGACCGGUCCCACCGGCGAACAGGGUCCCCCUGGGUAUCCGGGUCCAGCCGGUCCACCAGGCCAGCCGGGCAUUCGUGGCCUCCCCGGUCCUACUGGUCCACCUGGACCAAAGGGUGAUAUGGGUGACACCGGUCCAGUAGGUCCCACCGGUCCUGCCGGUCCCCCUGGUCCAGCCGGUGUAGUGGGACCGCAAGGCGAACGCGGUAUCCCCGGUAUGCCUGGGCGUCGCGGAGAUCCCGGUGUCACUGGCACGGCUGGGGCCACUGGUCCCACCGGCAACCCUGGUGCUCAGGGUGAUAUCGGUCCCAAAGGCGAUGACGGUCAAGAAGGUCUACCUGGUGAUGUUGGGCCAAUGGGACCAACUGGUUUCAAGGGUGAUAGAGGAGCCCGCGGUCCAGUGGGCCCCAAGGGUACCACCGGAAUUGCCGGCAUGACAGGUGUUGCCGGUGAACGUGGUGAUCGUGGCGAUACCGGUGAACGUGGAUUUCCAGGUCCUGCCGGUCCCGAAGGCCUCUCUGGUGAGAAGGGUGAACGCGGCCAGGUUGGUCAGGCCGGUCCUCAUGGUCCCGAUGGUGAAAAGGGAGCCCAAGGCCAGAUGGGACCACCAGGCUACGCUGGGGCUCCAGGACCCAAAGGAUCGGUUGGUCCGGUCGGUCCAAUCGGACGCGACGGCGAAAAAGGUGAUGCGGGACCAAUUGGACCAAUCGGAAUGCGAGGUCCAGUAGGUCCUACUGGACCUGCAGGUCCACGUGGAGCCCCUGGACCCUCCGGACCUCCCGGAGCUCGUGGCGACGAGGGUUCUGCUGGCCCUAUUGGUCCAUCGGGUCCAGCUGGACCUGCAGGACCUCGUGGACCUCUUGGAUUUACCGGUCCUGUUGGACCAACAGGUCUUCCAGGAGUUCACGGACCUCCGGGCGAUAUUGGUGAGCGUGGAGAGACUGGAGAACGAGGUCCGCCUGGUGAAGUUGGUCCUGAUGGUCUGCCAGGUCCAACUGGACCUACUGGAGAUCAGGGGCCAACUGGAGAACCCGGACCCAGGGGUCCUCGGGGACCUAUGGGACCUCCUGGCAAACCGGGCAAGGAGGGCAGUGAGGGGGAGCCGGGCGACAAGGGCGACCAGGGUCCACCUGGACCUUCCGGAGCCACCGGACCGACGGGAUUCCGUGGAUCUCGAGGCCCACCUGGGCCGAGAGGAAAGCUCGGUCCUAAGGGCGAUAUGGGCAAGCCCGGUAUUCAAGGUCCCAUUGGGGACAGAGGUGAUCGGGGAGAUGCUGGUCCUAGAGGUCCUCCUGGUCCAUCUGGACCCCAAGGUGCACGAGGACCUGAUGGACCUCAAGGAGAAACUGGAGAUAAGGGUGACGCUGGUGUGACCGGUCCAGUGGGUCCGGCUGGGCCAAAGGGAGUCCGUGGACCUCGUGGUAAGCCCGGGCCCCUGGGACCUCCCGGCAUUGAUGGUCAGAAGGGUGACCAAGGUCCCGAUGGUGAAGCCGGACCCAAAGGUGAUCGUGGAGCACCUGGCGAACCAGGGCCUCAAGGAGGACAGGGAGUAAUGGGACCUCCAGGAAUCCCAGGCAUUCCAGGUGAACCUGGGGAACCAGGUGAAACUGGUCCCCAAGGUCCAAAAGGUUUGCCCGGUAAACGCGGUCCCGUCGGACCGCCUGGACCAAUAGGUCCACCUGGUCCCCCCGGUCCAGUCGGUCCUCGAGGUGAACAGGGAGACAAGGGACCGCAAGGAUCUAUGGGAAUCCGUGGUCCACCGGGUCCCGCAGGUCCGGGAGGCGCUGCUGGCGUGCGGGGUCCUACCGGUCCCCCAGGACCAGCCGGACCUCCCGGCUCCAAGGGUGAGACCGGUCCCAUUGGUCCACGUGGUGAAAAGGGCAAGAAAGGUUCCGAUGGUCUUCCCGGUAUGGCCGGAGUCAAGGGCUCUCGCGGCAAACGUGGUCCUCAGGGACCAACAGGUCCUAUCGGUAUGACAGGACCGCCUGGUCCGCCCGGUGAAAUGGGUCUACCCGGACCCAAAGGUUCAAUGGGUGCUCCAGGACCCAGUGGAGAACGUGGAGCACCUGGGCCUGCUGGAAAAGAAGGCCCUCCUGGGGCUCAAGGUUCUGAAGGACCAAUGGGAGAAGAGGGAUCACCAGGCCCCACAGGAUUGGCCGGGGAGUCGGGUGUUCAGGGCCCUGUCGGCGCUGAGGGUGAGUUAGGACCCCCUGGUGAUCGUGGAGAUAGAGGAAAACCUGGGGAUAGAGGUCAGCGUGGUCCGCGAGGUCAACCGGGUCCAGCUGGACCCAUUGGGCAGACGGGUGAACGCGGUCCUGCUGGCGAAGCUGGGCCUCAAGGGCCUAUUGGCAGUACUGGCAAGAAGGGACGACGUGGACCAAAGGGACCAAUGGGACCCAUGGGUCCGAAAGGUGACACAGGUGACCGCGGAAUUCGUGGUAAUCCAGGCAGCGUCGGUCCAGAAGGUCCCAAGGGAGAACCUGGUCCUCCUGGUGAUCGGGGUCCUGAGGGCAAACAGGGAGAGCCCGGACCAAUGGGCGAUGAGGGUCGCAAGGGCGAGACUGGCCCAGCUGGUGAUGACGGUGAACAAGGUCCCGUGGGUCCCACGGGCCCGUCUGGACCCCAGGGUCUGCAAGGUCCACGCGGUGAGCGAGGUCCAGCGGGUGACCCCGGACCCCAAGGUCCACCAGGACCCGCGGGUCAGGUAAAGAUCCUUAACGCACCCAACGAUGUGGAAGACACUCUUGGUCGCAAGCGUCGGCAGGCUCCCGAUCCCAACCAGGUGAUUACCCUGCCUGAGUUAAACAAGGCCCUGUUCGAACGUAUUGACAAGUUAUGGAAGGAGGCGCAGCGUCUGCUGAAACCAUCGGGCAAUAGUCAGGAGUACCCAGCACCAAGCUGCAAGGACAUUAAGCUGAACAACAAGUUUGCUCGUAAUGACACUGUCUCCACAUGGAGGGAAAAGUCUAUUCUCUACUCGAAACCUAAACCAAUAGUGCAUUUUUUCAGCUACUGGAUUGAUCCCAAUGGUGGUUCAUCCUCGGACGCUGUUAAGGCGGAAUGCAUCUUCCACGAAGAUGGAUCCUUUGAAACCUGCCUCUCAACUGGUGAAAAUCUUGCAACUUACAAGAAGCCGCAUUCCAGCAAUCCCGACUACUGGCAAAGCCAUCUACUUGUCGAAAACGGUAUUAGCCCUCCAGAUCUCCAUGAUCAGAGUCCACACACGCAGAUGAACUUGCUGCGCAUCCAGCACCGAUACGCCACACAAGAACUCGAGUUCUUCUGUGAGGGCACUACCAUCUUUGGAGGCGAUAUGGACUGGGAGACUGGUGAUGUUGAUAUGUCCAAGGCCACUUCUUUGCUGGCUCACAAUGGCCGAGUCAUUGACCUGACUAAGGGCAAGCGCCAUGGUCCUAGUGCCAACUACAUGGAAAAGAUUGACUUUGAAAGCUCUUUCCGUAGGCAUGAUGUUAGCAUUACUGUUGAGUACGACGGUUGCAGACAUCGUCAACCUGGCACCUCCACUAAGAUGCGCAUUGAGGCCCGCGAUACUCAGCUGCUUCCAAUCAUCGAUUUCACCGUCAGGGACUUUGAUCAUACGGGUAGAAGCACCCUGAGUCUAGCGGCGCAUAGUAACAAACGCCACUUCGCUAUGGAACAGAAUCAACGUUAA